AUGUAUUUUAGGGUAGAAGUUGUAAACAAGAUCUGUAGCAAUUCAAGUCUUGAUCAUGCAUUAACAUCGCCUUCUGGAGUAACUACAGAUCUGUAUCAAAACCAGAGCUGGGAUUUAGAUGAAAGAAGCCAAUUCUACGACAGAUCCGAUCGGGCAAAACCUAAUAAAGCUCAUAAGCAAUGUCUGUUUCUCAGUGUUUGUAUUCACUGUUCUUGUAUUUACUAUAACUCAGUCCUCAAAACCGGGGAAGACAUCGGAAUGGCUCUUCUCAGCCCAAGUCCAGCUCCUUCCGAAGCUGAUGUCGAGUCAAGCGACUCACAAAACUCCCCAACAAUCGAGAAAUCAGAAGAAAAAGUGUUUCUCGACUAUCAAACACCAGUCAACACCUCAAAUCCAAACGAAUGUGAUGUCACAUGGAGAUUCCGGAAUCGGAAAGAGAAAUCCUGGAGAAGGUAUAGAGAUUUCAGAAGGUUCAGGAUCGGAUUCACCGAUUCCUGCACUUACAAAGUAAUCGGAGCAAAAGGAUGGCAUUCCGGUGUCAAUGCUCGUCGUCCCAGGAAUAGAAUCAACAAUUCCACCAGAACUGGAAUCCGAUCCAAUUUCUCUUCUUCUUCUUCUUCUUUCCGUGAUGAUGAAAUCAACGACACAAUUCCAAUUCUAGGUUCAGAUCAAUCUUUCAGAAACGGGAAAUAUUUAUAUUAUUCACGAGGAGGGGAUUAUUGUAAGAACAUGAAUCACUACAUUUGGAGCUUCUUAUGUGCCCUAGGUGAAGCCCAGUAUUUAAAUCGCACAUUCGUUAUGGAUUUAAGCCUUUGUUUAUCAUCAGAUUACACAUCAAGUGAAAAAGACGAAGAAGGAAAAGACUUCAGAUUCUAUUUCGACUUUGAACAUCUGAAAGAAAGCUCUUCAAUAGUUGAAGAAGAAGAGUUUCUCAAAGAUUGGAGAAGAUUCGAAAAGAGAAACAAAAGAAAAAUCCCCUUAAGAAAAGUUCCAUCUUACAAAAUCACACCAAUGCAAUUAAAAAAAGAUAAAUCCACAAUAAUCUGGAGACAAUUCGAUACCCCUGAACCUGAAAACUAUUGGUAUAGAGUGUGUGAAAGUAAAGCUUCAAAUUACAUUCAAAGACCAUGGCAUUCAUUGUACAAAUCAAAAAGAUUAAUGAACAUAGUAUCUGAAAUAAGUGGACAAAUGGAUUGGGAUUUUGAUGCUGUUCAUGUUGUUAGAGGUGAAAAGGCGAAAAAUAAAGACAUGUGGCCUCAUUUAGAUGAUGACACGUCACCUGAUAAUUUAGUUGUAAAGCUUUUGAAUGUUAUACAACCAUGGAGGAAUCUUUAUGUUGCUACAAAUGAAAAGUUUUAUAAUUAUUUUGAUAGAUUAAGAUUGCAAAGAUGGGAUAAACACGUGUUGACCAGGUUGUUUAUGGUGUAGGGGGGUAGAAUUGGAAGAUUGUGAUGAGAAUGAAAGAGAACCUUGGAAAAGCUUAAAAAGUUAUUUGUAAAUUUGUUUUGUUUUGUUUUGUUUAAUUGUAUUCGAUAGAUAUUUUAUGCAAAAUGAUAUGGAAAUGAGCAGUUUUGUGUUUAAAAUUGAUUUGGGUAAAAAAUGUAUGAUUAUUUUUAAUAUAUUUUCCAUGUAGAAUAUUUGUUGUGGAAUUCAAAACUUACACUUUCUAAACUCAUAUUUGGUUGUGAAG